AUGACGGCUUCCAAGAUUGAUGGCACUGCCAUUGCCAAAAAGAUCCGUGAGAGGCUCCAUGCAGAAAUCGAGAGCACCCAGAAGGUCAACCCGAGGUACAAGCCUUCGCUCAAGAUCAUCCAAGUUGGGGAUCGCUCUGACUCAACUACUUAUGUUCGCAUGAAGUUGAAGGCUGCCGAGGAGGCUAGCAUUGAUUGUGAACUCAUCCAAUACCCCGAAACUGUUUCAGAGGCCGAAUUACUCGAGGACAUCACCCGUUUGAAUUAUGAUACCACCGUCCACGGAAUUCUGGUGCAGCUACCUGUCCCAAAACACAUCUCUGAAUACGCGGUCACGUCAGCUGUUGCAGACGAGAAGGAUGUUGAUGGAUUCGGCGCAAACAAUAUUGGCGAGCUUGCCAAACGGGGAGGACGACCAUUGUUCACCCCAUGCACUCCCAAAGGUGUCAUGGUCUUGCUUCAGGAAAGUGGGAUUGAUCUGAAGGGAAAGAAUGCCGUUGUUCUAGGACGCAGUGACAUUGUUGGAAGCCCUGUCAGCUAUCUUCUCAAGAACGCUGACGCAACUGUCACGGUCUGCCACUCGAAAACAGCAGGUCUUGAGGAUCACAUCAAGAAGGCAGAUGUUCUUGUAGCAGCAAUUGGCAAGGCAAACUUUGUCAAGGGCGAAUGGUUGAAGCCAGGAGCAGUGGUUAUUGAUGUUGGAACCAACUUUAUCCCAGAUGAGACGAAGAAGUCUGGCCAGAGACUCGUUGGUGACGUGGAUUUCGCAUCUGCUUCCGAAGUCGCCUCUUUCAUCACUCCUGUCCCAGGUGGAGUUGGCCCAAUGACUGUUGCCAUGUUACUACAGAAUGUUGUGGACUCGGCUGCGCACUAUUCCGAGAAGCAAAGGAGCAGAUCCAUCCUGCCUUUGCCUCUCAAGCUUCAGACUCCGGUGCCUUCAGAUAUUGCUAUCUCUAGAGCACAACGCCCAAAACAGAUCACCCGUAUUGCCAAGGAAACUGGUAUCGCUGGCCAUGAACUUGAGCCAUACGGUGCAUAUAAGGGAAAGGUGGACCUGAGUCUUCUCAAGCGACUGGAGCAUCGUCGUAAUGGCAAAUAUGUUGUCGUUACUGGUAUCACUCCCACCCCACUUGGUGAGGGCAAAUCCACUACAACUAUGGGUAUUGCUCAAGCUCUUGGUGCUCACUUGAAUCGCAUUGCUUUCGCAAACGUUCGCCAACCCAGUCAAGGACCAACUUUUGGCAUUAAGGGAGGAGCUGCUGGAGGCGGGUACAGUCAGGUUAUUCCCAUGGAUGAAUUCAAUCUUCAUCUCACUGGCGAUAUUCACGCCAUAACUGCUGCAAAUAACCUUUUGGCUGCUGCGAUUGAAACUAGAAUAUUCCAUGAGAACACACAAAGCGAUGGAGCUCUUUACAAGCGUCUUGUCCCAGCAAAGAAGGGCAAGCGUGAGUUCCAACCCAUCAUGUUCCGCCGUCUCAAGAAGCUUGGUAUCACCAAGACCGACCCAAAUGAGCUUACGGAGGAUGAAAUCCAUCGAUUUGCCAGAUUGGAUAUCGAUCCAUCCACAAUCACGUGGAGACGUGUGUUGGAUGUCAAUGACCGUCACUUGAGGGGAAUCACUGUUGGUACUGCUGCCACCGAGAAGGGACAGACUCGGCAGACGGGAUUUGAUAUUUCCGUUGCCAGUGAAUGUAUGGCUAUUCUCGCCUUGAGCAGUGAUCUAAAUGACAUGAGAGAACGUCUCGGUAGGAUGGUCAUUGGUUCUUCCAAAGCUGGUGACCCCGUCACCUGCGAUGAUAUUGGUGCUGGUGGUGCUCUUACUGCUUUGAUGAAGGAUGCUAUCAAGCCCAAUAUUAUGCAGACAUUGGAAGGUACCCCGGUGUUCGUCCACGCUGGACCAUUCGCAAACAUCAGUAUUGGAGCCAGUUCAGUUCUAGCCGACAAGCUUGCACUGAAGCUUGCUGGUACCGAGCCGGAUGAGAACCACAAUGAGAAGGCCGGUUUCGUCAUCACUGAAGCUGGGUUUGAUUUUACCAUGGGAGGUGAGAGGUUCUUCAACAUCAAGUGCCGAUCAUCCGGUCUGGUGCCUGACGUUGUUGUCAUUGUCGCCACGGUCCGAGCUCUGAAGGUGCAUGGAGGUGGUCCUCCUAUUGCCCCUGGAGCUGCGCUCGACAAGGUCUACCGUGAAGAGAAUAUUGAGAUUCUCCGCGCAGGAUGUGUCAACCUCAAGAAGCAUAUAUCGAACGCUAAGACAUACGGUGUUCCUGUGGUUGUUGCCAUCAACAAGUUUGAGACUGACACCGAUGCCGAAAUCGAAGUCAUCCGCCAGGAAUCGAUUGCCGCCGGUGCUGAAGAUGCCAUCCCAGCUAACCACUGGGCCGAGGGUGGAAAGGGUGCCGUUGACAUCGCCAACGGUGUUAUUGCUGCCAGUGAGAAGGAGAACAACUUCAAGCUUCUGUACAGCCUGGACGGCGAUGUUCAGACACGUAUUGAGGCGAUUGGCAAGCAGAUGUAUGGAGCAGAUAAGGUUGAGUUCAGUGAGGUUGCCCAGAAGAAAGUUGAUACCUACACCAAGCAAGGUUUUGGCAACUUGCCAAUCUGUAUUGCUAAGACGCAAUACUCUUUGUCCCAUGACCCUAAUCUUAAGGGUGCGCCAACUGGCUUCACUGUCCCAAUCAGAGACGUGAGGCUGGCGGCCGGAGCAGGAUAUCUGUAUGCCCUAGCUGCCGAUAUCCAGACCAUCCCAGGUCUUCCAACAGCUCCCGGAUACCUCAACGUUGAUGUGGACACGGAGACCGGCGAGAUCGACGGGCUAUUCUAG